CGACGUAUUAACAGGAAGAAUAAGAGAAACAGGAGGGAGAGCAGGAAGAAGCGUAACCAAUGUGCUACCGCAGCUUGAUUUAGAAUUUUAGAAUAGAAUACAGUUUCUCGUCUCCUUUGUUUUCUCCCUUAUCUCUGACUCUGUUUUCUCUCUACAUUCAUUCAUUCAUCUUCUCUUUCGCUUCUCUUCCCCCAUUGAAACAUCAACCAUGCCUCCUCAGCGUGAUUCCCUACCCAAACCCAACCCUAAUAUCUUAUCCUUCUUCCUCAAGCCAAUCAUCAUGCUCCUCCUUACCACCCUAUUCUUCCUCUUCCUUGGCUUCGCCGCUUUCAUCCUCCUUCACCUCUUCCUCAUCGGCGGCGCCCUCCACCGCCUCCGCUCCCGCCCCUACUCCUCCUCCUCCUCCCUCCACCCCUCCCCUUCCGACACCCUCUCCCCGCACCACCUCAGCAAGCUCCCCCACUUCCGCGUCUCUAGAGGAUCCCCAUACCCCGCUCCCGAUUCCCGCUGCGUCGUCUGCCUCGACGGCUUCCGCAACGGCCAGUGGUGCAGGAACCUCGCCGGUUGCGGCCACGUCUUUCAUCGGAGGUGCGUCGACACGUGGCUCGUCAAGGUUGCCGCUUGCCCCACAUGCCGGACACCUGUUCGAUUAAAUGCCGCGGUAAAAAGAGACGAUCACGGUCGCCAAUUAGGGACCUGUGCUACAGCUGACUCCAACGCGCUUCCCACUUCAUAGUUUUGGUGCAGGGUGCUACUUCAAGUAAGAGUGUCGUCUCUGAUUUGGCAGCUUUGUAAACAUGGGAUUAAAUUAAGAUGGAUCUACCGAGUCUUAACAGCCAAGUUGUUAACAGUGAAGAUGUACCCUCGAAAAAAUCCCACAGAAUAUUCCUGAUUUAUGGAUGUGCUUGACUCCACAGGGGCAUGUAACGGAUAUCUUUAUUAUCCCCUUUAAAUUGUACAGCUGCUAAUUUACUUUUUGGCCCUCGGAUUCCUUGUGUAUUAGUGUAUUUGGGCAUUCAUCUCUACACGGGAUGAGUAGCACCUUCCUAUCUAUUGCAUAUGAUUUCAUCAAAGGUAUUUGACGUCGUUGGAUCUUA